UCGUGUAUUUCUUGAAUCGUCGCGGUCGGAAAUCGAUGUCAGAUUUUCGCAUGUAUGUGUUUUUUAAGUAAUAACAACAACGCACGAUCACUCCGAUCACUGUCUUUAUUCAUUGUUCGUUAAGUAGGACAGUUUCGCCGUAACGCCGAUCGAUCAGUUCCAAUAGGACCCCCAUCCUAACCUACGGUCUCCUAUAGAAAAUAUAUGGAAAAAGACAGGGAAAAAAUGGAAAGCAGACGGCAGAACGACGUGAGAUUGAUGUCUCCGGAAAAGCGACUGGAGACAUGCUUCGAUAGCGCGAGAAAAUUUCAUUUCGAGCUCAACAAUUCCAUCACGAGAUACAUACGAUCAGGAAAAGAAUUAAUCAGACAAGCCGAUGUCUACUUGAAAGAAGGAGAUUUGGAGAAAGCAUUUAUUCUGUACAUAAGAUAUAUAACAAUUUUUGUGGAAAAGAUAGAAAAUCAUCCAGAGUACAAUACAAUUCCACCAAAUGAUAGGGAGCAAAUUAGGAACACGCUGAGAGACCUCUUUCCAAAGACUGAAUUACUCAAGGAGAAAGUAAAGAAACAAUUUCAAAUAGAGCAUAUUCAGUGUAAGAAAGAAAUUGAAGAAUUGGAUAGGAUAGAAGCUGAAAGGUUGAAACAGAAAGAAAGACAAAGGGUGAAAGAAGAGGAGGACAGAAAACUGCAACCAUAUUUCCCAGAAUUAAAAACGCCUCAAAUCGGAAUAAUGGCUGGUGCUGUAACUACAUCAGAAGACAAUUACAAAUCAAAGAGGCUAUUAUUACCUGCAAAUGCUUGUAUAACACCUUACUACGAAGAACAACAAGCUCAAUCGUCUAGAGAUAGAAAAGUACCAACGGUUGAUCGAUCGACCAAACCAUCAUCGUUACCUUGUGAUCGGUUAAGGGAAAUUGUUAUACCAAGUAAAAUAAUGGAAAAUUUUUUGACAUUGGCUUACAGUAACACUUUACAUAACAUUGAAACCUGUGGGAUAUUGGCAGGAAAAUUAGAACAUAAUAAAUUAUUUGUGACUCAUUUAUUAAUACCCAAGCAAUCGGGAUCUCCCGACUCUUGUAUUACAACCAAUGAAGAAGAUAUAUUUGAUUAUCAAGAUCAACACAAUUUGAUUACUCUUGGCUGGAUUCAUACACAUCCAACACAAACAGCUUUUCUAUCCAGUGUCGAUCUUCAUACUCACUGCUCAUAUCAACUCAUGAUGGCUGAAGCCAUUGCAAUUGUUUGUGCGCCUAAAUAUGACAAGACUGGUUUUUUCCAUUUGACUCCAGAUUAUGGUUUAAAUUACAUUGCUAAUUGUAGAGAGACUGGUUUCCAUCCUCACUCAGCCGAUCCUUUGCUGUACACGGUAAUUUUUCAAAUUCGAUUAAUUUUUUUACAGACAGCUAAACAUUAUAGAUUAGAUUUUAAUGCCCCUAUCCAAGCGAUUGACUUGCGAAGAAAAUGAUGAUGUUUAUCAAUCACUGAAGUUUUAAAAAAAUUCAUUAGUAUAACAUUCUUAUUCGAAUUUAACCAUAAUUUUAUGGAAAGUAAUCGAAAAAUAUAUCAAAAUCACUCAGGUAAGUAAAACUGCGUUCCAAAAAGUAUACUGUAAAUUACAAUGAUCAAAGCAGCAUAUUAUAUAUAUAUCGAAAGGUAAUUGUUUAUAAAAGUGUUAAAAUUUUAUAAUUUUCGUAUUUUGAGUAAGUUUUUCUUACAGUAUGUUUUAAUGAUGAAUCAUGUAAUUAAUUGGAAAAUUUUAUUUGUAUUUGAUUUAUU